AUGGAGAAUAUUCUGCUGGGUCCGCAAGAGGGAAAUGCUAGUAAUAAUGUGCCAGAAGCAGGUGCUGCACAGGAGGACGUCCGGCUGCUCCAGCUGCUUAUGCAGCAACUCGUGGCCGUCGUGAUUGAGGUCACGGUCGCACUCGCUGACGCCUCUGUCGGGAACGUGGACGUGGACGAGUUGGCCCCAUCAUUAGGCUACCAGCCAAUAGGAGAUACAGAGUGUGAAGAAAGAGUUAACGAUUUUGGGUAUGGCGAAGAGUUGUCCACUGUUGGUGGUGAAUUGGAGGCAGCUGCGUGUCCCAGCAUCCAGCUGAAACGGAAGCCUGACAAAUGUGGCCACUGCAGUUACACAACUGCCAACCCACAACAGCUGAUGCAACAUUUCCAAACCAACCAUGCCGACCAGUACCCGUUCGUUUGUGAUUUCUGCGAUUUCCGAUGCUUGGAACGAAAAACGCUCAAUUUGCACACGAGGACGGAACACGCAGGCGAAAAACGCUUCAGCUGCGAGUUUUGCGACUACAAAGCGGUGCGACUGAUCUACUUGAAGCGACACGUGGUCGUGCAUUCCGACGAAAAACGGUUCAGCUGUGAGUUUUGUGAUUUCAAGACCCGCUACCAUAGCAACCUGCGGACCCAUCUGCGGAACCAUACCGAUGAAAAGCCUUACAGAUGUGAGUUGUGUGAAUACAGCUCGCGGUUUCUGAGCAACCUGAAAACGCAUCAGAGGACACACACUGGUGAUAAACUGUUCAGUUGCGGUCAUUGUGAUUAUAAAACCUCGUUCUCAGGUAACCUGAAGAAGCAUGUCAAGAGCCACAAUUGA